ACCCCCACCAAAAAAAAAGAAAAUCUCAUUUUCAUCCUCCGUUAGACGAAAGUAUAUUUUAGGAAUCAGUGUGAGAUCGACUGUGCUUCGUAUUCUGCGGAGGACAGAUAGCUUCGAGACAUCAUAUUCUGCAAAAAGCUUCAUCGAGGAACGUGAAACUGAGAAAGAGAUUGUAAUCUGGUUUCCAAACCAAAACAAUCCCACAGAAGAUGAAGGGUGUGAGGCUGUGAGCUAUUCUGAAAUUGGAUUAAUUGUUCUACGCUCCUUAACACAAAGUAGAGAGAGAGAUGGAAGGGAUUGGGCACAGGAUGGUAAGAGUGAAUGGAAUAGAGAUGCAUAUAGCCGAGAAAGGGGAUGGCCCGGUAGUGCUGCUCCUGCACGGUUUUCCUGAACUCUGGUACUCGUGGAGGCACCAGAUCAUCGCACUCGCCUCCCAUGGCUACCUAGCUGUGGCUCCUGACCUCCGUGGUUUUGGUGAUACCGAUGCCCCACCCUCUCCUAGUAGCUAUACCGCCUUUCAUAUCGUUGGCGACCUCGUUGCCCUGAUCGACUUUCUUGGCCAAGAUCAGGUGUUUGUGGUGGGACAUGACUGGGGAGCAGUGAUGGCUUGGUAUUUCUGCUUGCUUCGACCCGAUCGAGUUAAGGCUCUCGUCAACCUCAGCGUAGCCUUUACUCCUCGAAACCCUUCCGCUAAGCCCCUCGAUCGAAUGCGAGCUGUCCUGGGAGAGGAUUACUAUAUCUGCAGAUUCCAGGAACCUGGAGACAUAGAAGAUGUGUUUACUCGUUUCGGUACUACAAAUGUGCUUAGGAGAAUGCUAGCAGCCCGCCGCCCAUCUCCACUUUAUAUGCCUAAAGGCAAAGAAUUUGGACAUAAACCUUAUCGUCAAAUUUCCUUGCCCUCUUGGUUUUCAGAAGAAGACAUUAAUUACUAUGCUAGCAAAUUCGAUGCAAAAGGCUUCACUGGGGGAUUGAAUUACUAUCGAGUUAUGAAUCUAAACUGGGAGCUAAUGGCACCAUGGACUGGUGUACAAGUAAAGGUGCCAGUCAAGUUUAUGGUAGGUGACCUGGAUUUGACAUACAACACCCCAGGUGCCAAGAAAUACAUACAUGGUGGUGGCUUUAAGAGAGAUGUGCCAUUUCUGCAGGAUUUGGUUGUGAUGGAAGGAGUGGGUCACUUCAUCAAUGAAGAAAGGCCUGAAGAAAUAUCCACUCAUAUUUUGGAUUUCAUUCAGAGAUUUUGAUGUGCUCUGUCAUUCCCUUCUUGUGCUUGUCCAUGAAUAUAUGAACACCUAAAUGUCACUUUUAAGUAAAGUGGGGUGUGAUGAUCUUACUGUUCCUGUGUUUGGCAUUGCUUAUUUGAGCUUGUCACAGGUUCUUGCCUAAAAUAAGCAGUUUAUUUUGUUUUUGGUUCAACUCUGGAACUGUUGCGAUGCAAUUGUGGGAUUUAUGAAAUUUAAGAUUCAAGUAUGGGGUUAAAAGAAGUCAUAGACGAUCUGGGUCAUGGAUAUAGCAGUAUGUGGAUCUGUAUCGGUUUCGACUGAUACUGGUAUUGAGAAUCCAGCCAAUAUUCUAAUAAAGUGACCUUUUGCA